GACUAGCAGCGAACAGACAGUGCAGCCACCGUACAGUCAACCACCUCUUCGUUCUCUCCCACCUCUCUCCACCUCGCCUCCCCUCCCGUGUCCCGAUUCCCAUCUUCUCCGAGCUCCCUCCCUCCUCACGUCUUAUAAAUAAGGCGCCCGCGGCGCCCAUCACACCGCCUCCCGAUCGCGCGAAUUAUUCCGCGCGCCGCGAAACCCUAGCCGCCGAUCUCUCUCAUGGCGGCCACCACCAGCCAGGCGAGCCUCCUCCUCCAGAAACAGCUCAAAGAUCUCGCGAAGCACCCGGUGGAUGGGUUCUCGGCUGGGCUGGUCGACGACAGCAACAUGUUCGAGUGGCAGGUCACCAUCAUCGGUCCACCCGACACCCUAUAUGAUGGAGGCUACUUUAAUGCAAUAAUGAGUUUCCCGCAAAAUUAUCCAAACAGUCCACCAUCAGUCAGAUUUACUUCUGAAAUGUGGCAUCCAAAUGUUUAUCCGGAUGGGCGGGUGUGCAUUUCUAUUCUUCAUCCACCGGGUGAAGAUCCCAAUGGCUAUGAGCUUGCGAGUGAGCGUUGGACACCAGUGCACACGGUUGAGAGUAUAGUUCUGAGCAUUAUCUCGAUGCUUUCUAGUCCAAAUGAUGAAUCGCCAGCAAAUAUUGAGGCAGCUAAGGAAUGGAGGGAGAAGAGGGAGGACUUCAAGAAAAAGGUUAGGCGCAUCGUGCGGAAAUCACAGGAAAUGUUCUGAAGAAAAUGGAAUACUGGGGAAUUUAACUAUGCUAUGUCGGUCAGGCUGCAAGAUUUUGCUGUCGAUCUCCAAAUGCCCAUCUGACGCCAGCGUCUUCAAGUAUCCCCUGUAUAUUUUCCAUUAAGCGUCUAUCAAUUGGUGAUAGUGGUUUUGUCCCUAGAGAUGCACUGGCUCAUGUCGCCUAUUCUGAAGGUUCUGUUGUAUCGUGUGGCUUGGGCUACCAAUGACGAGAAACUUUGGAAGUGUUGUGCCACUUACCUAAUUUUUGUGAUGAACCUCGUA